AUGGAUGCAAUUCUGGGGAUACAAGAGUUGGAAAUUAUCGAGGAUGCAGAUAUAGAGUCUACGAAGUUGAACACGGAUCUGUCACAAGAUGUGUUGUUUGGUAAGCAUGCUUCUACUCCAAUUUUGAGAUCUCCUAUAAUUGAACAACCUAUUGUACGAUCUAGUGGAGAAUCGCCAAAAGGAGUAAAUCCUAAUUUGAACCAGGGGAGGAAAGUUGGUGUCAAGAUUGAACCUGAGGAUAUCGCUGAGGAGAUUAACUUUUGGCAGCCUUCUAUUGUUUGCUAUGUUGUGGGAGCUAAUCCUCUGGUUAGUAUUUUGGAUGGAUUUGUAAGGAGGCUUUGGAAGGAAAAUGUGGACAAAGUAGGAGUACUCUCACGAGGUGUUUUCAUCAUUCGAUUCCACAAUUUGGACUUCCGUGAUCGAGUUCUUAAUGGUGGGUAUUUGUUUCUUGGCAAGAAGCCACUAGUAAUGAAGCCAUGGAACUCGGUUGAUGAUUUUACAAAGGAGGAUAUUACUGUAGUUCCUACUUGGAUUCAACUGGGAGGAUUGAACAUUAAGUAUUGGGGUGAGAAAUCUAUUUUCAAGAUUGUGGGGCAAGUAGGGCGGCCAAUUCAAGUAGAUAACAUCACCAAAUAUAGAGAUAGACUCUAUUAUCCUCGCAUUCUUAUUGAGAUCAGUAUGGAUCAACAAUUUCCAGCAAUAAUCAGUUUCUUGAAUGAGUUUGACCAGGAAAUUGAUUUGCAAGUAGAGUAUGAAUGGAUUCCAAUUAUCUGUAAGAGCUGUUCUGGGAUUGGGCAUGAGGCUCAAGUAUGUAGAAGGAGGAAUCAAGGGAAACAAGUAUAUGUUCCUAAACAAUUGAAGUCUGAUCCGAAUUUGGUGCAGCCAGUAGUAGACGAGGAAGGUUUUCAGCGAGCAAACAAGGGAGUCAGGGUGCCAGUUGUUUCUGCACCAGCAACGGUUAUGACAAACCAGUAUGCUAUCCUGACAGAGGAACAAGAGGAAGAAUGA